AUGGCCAAGCACACCAACAAGAGCACGAUGCAAAAAGAGCAUGCUAUUCGGCCUCAAUUGACAUCAUCAGCAGAUCUUGGAGGCCAAGUUGCACCAGCAGUAGAAGAUAACACCUUCGGUAACGAGGAAAGCGCUGAGAUACAGUAUAAGACUUGUAAAUGGUGGAAUAUUGGUGCUCUGAUGCUUGCAGAGAACGUUUCCUUAGGCGUCCUUGCCCUUCCACAAGCUCUCGCAAUCCUCGGUCUCGUCCUUGGCCUCCUUUGCAUAUGCUUCCUGGGCAUCAUUGCUACAUACACAGGCUAUUUGAUUGAUGAAUUCAAGCUGGCUCAUCCAUCCGUAACCUGUUACGCUGACUGCGGUAUGUUGAUUGGAGGCCCCAUAGGUCGCGAGGUGCUUGCCGUUGGGCAGGAACUAGUCUUGAUCUUUAUCAUGGGCGCGCAUAUCUUGACAUUCGGCGUCGCGUUGAACGCAAUGACAGACCAUGGCGCUUGCACGAUCAUCUUCAAUGUUAUCGGCUUGAUCAUCUCUUUUCUAUUUGGAUUACCAAGAACAUUCAAGAACAUUAGUUAUUUUAGCUACUUCUCCGGCCACGUCGCUUUCUUUUCGUUCCAGUCUGAACUCGAGGAUCCUCGCGACUUCCGCAAAGCCCUCAUUCUUGAACAAGGUAUCGCAGUUACCUUCUACAUGCUCAUUUCCGUCAUUAUAUACUAUCACGCUGGACCUUCGGUUGCCUCACCCGCCCUUGGUUCCGCAUCCCCACUGGUCAGUAAGGUAUGCUUCGGUAUUGCGCUACCUAUAAUCAUCGUCGCAGGCGUUGUGAAUGGGUCUGUGGCAACCAAGUAUAUCUACUUUCGUGUAUGGAAGGGCACGAGUGUAGCUCACGCCAACAGUUGGCUCAGUUUGGGAAGCUGGAGUGCUAUUUGCACAGGCGCGUGGCUGAUAAGUUGCAUCUUGGCAGAAGCAGUGCCAAACUUCGCCCUUCUUCUGAGCCUGAUGGGCGCGUUGUUUGGAAGCUGGUUUAACUAUGCACUUCCUCCGUUGAUGUGGCUGUGGCACAACAGGAAGAACCGUAAGCUGUUUUCUUCCAAGUCGCAAACGGCUUUUACAAUGCUGAACCUUUUUAUCGUGAUUCUAGGCGUACUUAUUUUUGGGCUUGGUAUGUGGUCUUCUGGAUGGGCGUUGAACUACGGAUCGGGCAGCAAGGUAUUCUCUUGUGAGAAUAACUGGCAUCCUGUUAGUUGGGUAGUAGGAGGUACAGAAGACGCAUAG